ACAUUCUCAGUCACAUUUUAGACGUCGAAUCGAGUGAGCGUGUUCUCGACAGAGUUGGAUCGCCUCAAUUUCAUAUAUCGCGCUGCGUGUUUGUUGUUUGCGAUUACUUCGAAUUGCAGAACGGUUCAGAAUUGGUGACCAUCGGGAGACCAAAAGUUGUUCCCCGUUUCGGAUUGGUGUUGUAUUUUAUUGGGUGCAGCUAAAUUUAGACAGGAAUGAAGUUUGAAUGCCGCUGUGCGGAGAUGUACGAAUUGGAGUAUUGAUCUGCUUGCCGCCCGGUGGUUCCCGUAGUUGAGCGGAACCUGUGAUACUAUUUUGUCGUGGCUCCUGCGGUCUUUGGCCUAUAUAAAACAGUGAGGUGAGGUGUGCACACUUUUGAGACGGUUCUCGAACGGUAACGGUGGAACGAACCGGGGAAAGGUUCCUGCACCUCAGCUGUUUCCGUGCUCUCUGUAUCUGGCGGCUGCUGGUGCGAGUGGUGCGAGAAAACUCGGAAAAUGCGAAUAGCAGCGGAUAUUAUUGUUAUAAAAUAAAUUCUGGUUCUGCUCGUGUGUGGAUCGUUGGUGUUGGUUUGUGGCGAUUGAAUAGUAUCCCAGUAUUGUUUUGAUCAAUUGGAAAUUGCGUUUUCCCUCCUUGUUUUCGUGGAUGCCGGUCUUUUGGUGAAAAGAAAAAGAUGAAUUUGGAUGGCAAUAUUUUUCUAUCCACGAAGUGAGAGUGCUAUUGAUGCACAUUUUCGUGGAAUCCCAAGUCCACAGAACGUGUGAGAGUGCGUGACUUGCUGGUGUAACAAAAAUAGCUGGCGUGAGUUCACAUUCGCUGGCAAAACAAGUGAUGUUUAUUCAGAUUUGAUCAUCGCACAAAUGUGAUUGAGUGUAUGUGUGCGCGUGUGUCAUUUCAUCGUUUGAGGCCUUUGUACGUACGCAGUUUAUCCGAGGAGCUGGUGUUUGAUACGGCGAGCGAUUCGAAUUACUUGGAAUCGCGUCUACCUGAAGGAUUCUCGGAAUUGUCUCCGAGUGACAAGAGGAGCAGCAUAAAAUAACAAACAUGGAUAAAUGGAGCAUCGUAAAAAUUGGAUUAUUGUGUUUACUUUUCGGAGUUUGCGCGUCAGUAAAGAUUACCAGUCUGAAAGUGCCAUCAACCUACCUGUUAGAUAAAAAUUCGAAAAACCCCGAUCCGCUAAUAUUGGAUUGCGAGUACGAGGUGGACGAAAGUGAGAAGGGGUUCGUGCUGAAAUGGUUCCUCGACGGACAACCGGUGUACCAGUGGAUACCUACGAAAAAUCCAUUUCCAUUUCAAUCAUUCAAGAACCGUGUCGACACCAGUUAUGUCGUGUCGCAGGAGCGGUUACAUAAGCACAGGGCGAUGGCCAUCAUCAAACCUUUAGCGAACUUCACCGGUGAAUAUGCUUGCAUGGUUCAGACUUUCGCCUCGAUUGAUCGAAAGUCAGCGAAGCUGAAAAUCAUCGUCCAAGAGUCGAAGUUUGAUCUCAACUACUACCUGAACGGGGACGGCUACAUCACGGUUGAUUGCCACGCACGGGACAUUUCGCCGCUUCCAGAGCUGCAGAUUCGAAUCAACGAUAAAUUAUUCGAAACGCACAAGCUCAAGUCGGUGCAGGGUGAGAAUAAUUUGUACAACGUGUCCAUCAGUGGCAGCAUACCAAAGACGGAUCUGGACAGUCCCACCACGAUUGAAUGCUUCCUAAUGGUGCCGGAGACCAACUACACCAAGAAACGUUCGACGAUUUAUUACGAGUCUCAUCUGAAAACCACCACCAGCACUGUAGCAACCACCACGAUUAUUGGCAUGCUGCAGGCGGCACCGGAGAACUUGCAGAAAAAGGAAAUGAACUCCACCGAUGGAAGCAGCGCAACGGCUCUGCCCGUUCAGAUGCGCACCACUUCCGGCCUGAUAGCGACUUUGGUGACGGUGCUGCUCAUCUUCACGUCGACGCUUUUGUAGACGAACUUUCGGCAGUACACCGAAUUCGAGAUUCGUGAUCGAUAUUUGCAUAUACAUUUUGUCCAUAAUAAAUAUUAAAACAAGAAAAAAAAAAUCGGCUUGAAGAGGAGAGACGAACGAAAACAAAAACUACUAACGUGUAUGUGAUGAACAUGUAUGUUCGCUAAAAUGGUGUGUAGAUAUCGUAGAAUUCGCGUCGUUGUGUUGCAGCAAAAGAGGGAUGGGACUGUAACUCCUGAAACAGGGGGAAUGCUUGUGAUUCGGAAAAAAUGUAUCUAUUAAAAAAACCAAACCAACAGCAGCGUACUCAGCAAACAAAUGCUCUGUCUCCAGUAGUCGUACAUAAGUGUUGAAUUGUGCUAGUUUUAUGGAUUACCGUCUAGUGUUUAAGUUUGUCGCAGUCAUUGUUUUACUAAUAACAAGAUUUCAUUGUUUGUUUAACCCCUCGAAACCAAAGUUAAUAUAAUAUAACUACAACAACAUCAACAAAAAAACAUCUCGAAACCAAAAAUUGAACAACCAAAAAUUCGAACCGUACGCUAAAUAGUCAUUCGGGAGUAAGUAGUUAAAUGUUUUUUAUAUAGAUUUUUUUAUAUGUGUACAACGGAACUCAUCUCAUCAAGCUAUCUUACCACCAAAGACGAGAUCUGUUUCCUGCGAUAACAGAAAUGAAAACCGAACCGAUUGCGUUCAAACGAGAGAUUCGCGAAAAUGACAACUGAAAUUUACAGAGAACGAAAAAAAGAGAAACCAAUUAUUGACGUAUUUUACAACACUAGGAGGAUGGAAAAAUAUGAUGCCUUAAGAAAUAUUAUAUUAAACACUUUUUUAAGCCACUCAAGAAUUGAGAAUGAGAGGAAUAAAGAAAAAAAUACACACAUGAAUGAAAUUACCAGAAGAAAGAAAUAUUACUAAGUAAACAAACGCGCGGUGAUAAUUUUCAAAAAAUUGUCUCGCUUAGUGUUCUAAAUCGAUGCGAAGUAAAGAGAGGAACUAAAAUGAAGAACAAACAUAUGCAACUAUAUAGUCAUAAAUUUAUAUAUUUAAAAAAACACUAAUUUAAGCAACAACAGAAACCAAACAAGAAAAACUAAGAAACAAUUAGCGAGUCGCCUGUUUCCAUCGGAUGAAAUUUGCAGUCAGUUCUGUCAGCAGAACACUUAUUUUUCGGUUUUUUCUAACGUGGCAGGACAAGCGAGAACGGUAUCAGAAAUAAACGAUGGAGGAUAAUCGAACCGAGGAAA